AUGAGCCACAAGCACAAGAAGCCCGCGAAGCCCUCAGUCGCCAACGGCGGCCGCCAUCGCUGUCCCGACUGCAGGAAAAUACCCAUCGCGUCCUGCUUCGGCCACCAUCUCUUCAUGUGCAAAAGUCAUCCUUCAAUCUGCUACACCAAGUUCAAUCCCUGCCAGCUUUGCGAGGGAGAGAGCCGCCGACGGGCCAGAGCCGAGAAGAUCCAGGCAGCCGAGGCCAAGGCGGAACUAGAAAGGCGAAAGGCGCAGCAGAAGGAGGAGGCGCGCCAGAAGCUGGACCGCAAGCUGAAGUGGACGGACUCUCAGAGGGCGGCAAGGCUGACGGCCAUGGGUGAAAAGUCGGGUUAG